CGCAAAAGCCGCUGUCGUAAAAACCGCCCUGCUUCGCGGCGCCGGAGAACUACAACUCCCAGCGUGCCCCGCUCCCGGCAGGGAAAAGGCGGGAAAAACGUGAGGGAGCCGGUGACAGAAUGCCCCGAGGUGGAAAAUCAGAUAGCGCCAGGAUGGGGAAACGCAGGAGCCGCCCAACCCCAGGCGACGGGAAAUUCCACGCUCCCAAAGCCAAGCGGAUCCUUCAGGAAGCACCAGGAGCUGAUCCCCACGGAGAUCCUGCCGGGAUGGAUCCCACGAUCCCAGCAGGGGGAAAAACUCCCCAAACUGGGGUUUCUAACGUGAUUUUACAGGAAGGGAGAGAUGAGCAAAUUGGAGGUGGCAGAGCAGUGGGAUCACCAAAACAGGGCAUUUCCGAUGGGGUGGAAGAGAAUCGUCUGGAAUUGCCCCAGCUGGGAAUUUUGGAAGCAGAUGGGGCAAGAGAGGAUGAGCUGGAGUCACCAAAACCAGGAAUUUUGGAUGGGGCAGGAGAGAAUUGUGGGGAAUCGCCAAAAGCGGCAGUUUUGGAGGUGGAUGGGGCAGGAGAGGAGCAGCUGGAGUCACUAAAAAUGGGAAAUUUGGAUGGAAUGGGGCAGAACCAGCUGGAGUCAUCUCAGCUGGGAAUCUUGGAGGUGGAUGGGGCAGGAGAAGAGCAGCUGGAGCCACUAAAAAUGGGGAUUUUGGAUGGAACAGCAGAGGAACAGCUGGAAACACGAAAACCAGAGAUUUUGAAGGCAGAUGGGGCAGCAGAGGAGCAGCUGAAAUCACUAAAAGUGGGGAUUUUGGAUGGAACAGGAGAGGAUCUGCUAGAAACACCAAAACCAGGAAUUUUGGAGGUGGAUGGAGAGAAGCAUCCAGAGCCAGUGAAACCAGGAAUUCCAGAGGCAAAUGGGGCAGGAGAGGAGCAGCUGGAGCCACUGAAAACGGGGAUUUUUGAUGGAACAGGAGAGGAGAAGCCGGAGCCACUGAAAAUUGGAAUUUUGGAUGGAACAGGAGAGGAGUGGCUGGAAUCAGCAAAACCAGGAAUUCCAGAGAGGCGGAUGGGGCAGCAGAGGAGCAGUUGGAACCACUGA